CCAAGGUCCAAAGUUUUCCUGCUCCCCAAAGCCACUAUCGAUUGACGUGGCUCAUGAAUGGCCGUGCCUUAUUUAUGUAUGCAUGCUGCUGACUGAUUGAAGUUAGCUGACGAAACACCCGAUGGACAAGUCCACUGUCACAUGUGGACGAGGACAGAUGCUCGAGCUUCUUCCAACAAAAUCGACGACGUGGAGAUAACUCCACUGACAGGAAUAGUCUCCGAUUCAAGCUAUUCUCACUCUCUUUAUUGAUCAAUUUGGUCCUUUUGUUUGCGACAAUCCCCUUGAAACGUGAUUUGAGGCGCAUACGCAGCCCUGUUGUCUUCCCAUGAUCGAUAUCGAGGUACCUUGAAUACUCUCGUCAUGACAGAGCAUCUCAGCCCCGACUCUCUAAUUACUCUCGACCCCGACGAACAAGACAGCCUCCGAGUUCGAUCGCGAUCGCCUCACCCGUACCAUCACCAGAAUACAGACCUUCCGCAUCUCUCGGAUCGUUUUAUACUGAGGAACCGCCAAGCGCAAUCCGCCAAGACCAGUGACGAUGCUCCCCACGAACCCUCGCCUACGACAUGGCCAAGUUUUCUCAAGGACUCGCCGCAGACGAGCGAUAGUGGCUCCGAAGCCGACGACGAGCAUUAUCUAAAAGGCUUACCGGCGCCAAAAGCCAACCUGCACAAAGGAUUGAGAGGCCUCAAUGAACCGCUGUCUGGCUCUUCAACACCUCUUCCGUCACCGGCGCUUUUUGAUGGUCAUGUCAUUCGCACCGUAGACAAGCUGCCCAUGCCUACCGAGACCCCGGAAACGAAACGUCUGCUCGAAGCCCUUAAAAAACGAAGAAGAGUCGUUGUUCGACGCAUAACUGAGGCUGGCAUUGUUUUAGCGCUGGGCCUCAUGGUAGCCUCAAAUUCCCAGGUAUUGCAGCUCAUAAAGAUCUGGGGAAAAGAUAUCCUACUCUGUGGCCUUGUAUAUGCGGGACUACUCGCUCUGUAUCCUGUCCGAGUCGUCGCUUGGGCAUACCGUAACAGGACACCAUCUCACCCAAUACCUCUCGAGCUUCCUGCGCACUUUGACCCCGCGCCCAUAUUAUACCCUUCGGCAAUUACUCUAUAUGUCUCGCUUCUUAUUUCGUCAAGCAACCCAGCAGCGAUAUUACCUAACCUUAUUCUGAGCCUGGCUUCCAUUCCGCAGAGCGUUAUUCCCAAGGCCGAUCCUUAUGCUACAUAUGAUGUGUUAGCAUGGGGCCUAACUUGCAUCCCAUUGAUCUGGAGUCCAAAGCAGCGUGAACACUUCGAAAGCAAGCACCCAGAAUCCUUUAUUUCAGGAGAAACAGCUAUUCUGCUGUAUCCUCUCCACCAAACUUUGUGUGUGACAUUGCACUAUCUCACUACAACUAGUCUCUUGACGGCUGAGCUCCAGCUCCUGUCAAUCGCACUCAUCAACGUUUUGCUUUUAGCUUCUUCACCCCAGGCUCUGAUUCUCAAAGCCCUGUUGUGGGGUGGCGGCCUUUCUCUCCUCUUCUUCUGUGGACGUGUCAUAAGCUGGGGAAUUGCUCUGGCCAGAGUGCCGAAAUGGAGAUUUCGGAGAGUGUCAGUCUCCCAGCGGCCACCACUCUGGAAGAGCUUCAAACAAAUUUUCUCGCUACGACGGCUGAGGCACGAAUUAUUAAGACCAGAGUAUGAGGAUGCUGUGUACGAUACCAUUGGCUCAUCCGAGGACGAGGCAGGCCCAUUGUUCAAGAAGCCUACUCGAGUUCAAACAUUUCGACCAAGCUCCCCGAACCCAGCAGAACCCGAUAGUGCUCCCUCUUCACCCACGGCUACAGAUGCUUUCGGUAACUGGUCUUUUGCACGGAGACAUACCUUACCACACCUUGAUCAUGGAAACCGACGCAACGCGACGCAUACCCCUUCAGGGCGCAAAAAGCGAGCAACUUCCAUGUCCGUUCGGCCCUUCUUCAAGCUUACUCAAGAGCAAGCGACUAUGAGGAAAUGGCUUUAUGCCGGAUACGUCUACUUGAGUAUCAUCACUAUCAUCCUUGGUGGCAUUCGAACUUAUGUACAAUGGUAUGCCCUGGAUGGCAAUGAGCCUAUUGGUUGGGCUUUGGGGUAUCUAUUUGGUGACUGGUCAUGGUUCCGAUAUCAAGUUGUCAGCCUGAAUUUGGAAAGAUGGAUUUGCCUGCCUACACGAAUUGACCCUACAGAAGACAAGCAAUGUCACUCUGGUUGGGUACAGCACGUUCGCCAUAACGACUUUGGAGAAGCAAACACUCGACUUCUGUUGAGUGCCUACUGGAUGGGCAUCCUGAUUCUGGGGCUCAUUAUCGUCUUCCGCCUGAAGGACAUCUAUGAGGUAGAUACACGGCGGAAGGUGUUUCACUUUAUGAUGGUUGGCAUGUUUCUGCCCGCAACCUUUGUCGAUCCCACGUAUGCAGCUCUUGCCCUGUCUCUAAUUCUUGCGGUCUUCUUGAUCCUGGAUCUUCUGCGGGCAAGUCAGCUGCCUCCACUAUCAAAACCUAUUGCCUCAUUCCUCGCACCAUACGUCGACGGCAGAGAUUUCCGUGGUCCAGUUGUCAUCUCGCACAUCUUUCUUCUAAUUGGGUGCGCAAUCCCUCUCUGGCUGGGCCUUGCUUCUCUGCCACGCUCUGGAUCUGGCUACCUCUCUGGUUGGGAAGUCACAACUCGAGAUGUCAGUCUCGUCUCCGGAGUCAUCUGCGUGGGUUUAGGAGACGCAGCUGCUUCUCUUAUCGGCCGUCGAUAUGGACGUCGGAAGUGGCUCUGGGGAGGCGGCAAGAGUCUUGAGGGCAGUGUCGCCUUCGCUGUGGCUGUCAUGCUAGGACUUGGUGCCGCCAGUAUGUGGCUGAGAAUCGGUGGUUGGCCUGCUGCAGGUGAGCAGCCUGGAGUGAUUGCUGGCACACGAAAUGCUGCGAUGUGCUCAUCCAUGGCGAGCUUGACGGAGGCUGUUCUUACUGGCGGGAACGACAACGUUAUCGUACCAGUGGUGUUGUGGACAUGUGUGAAAAGCCUCGGUGUUUGAUACAAAAGUACAUCAAAGGUGGCGUUCCAUUGGUUUCCUCAGGACUGAUGCUUCAUAUAGAGAGCAAAGACAUGGCAGACGGCUGCAUAGACGACGUAAUGUUCAUGACAGACUUCAAGAUAGUCUCAAUUUAGGGUAGUUGUUUCCCUGUAUGUUUUAAUUAUACCCCUUUUCCAAUUACAAUAAUGUAACUCAAACUCUCUCAUGAUAUCUUAUGCUCUCCCGACACCAGCGCCCAUGCACCUAUGUUAUGCUUCCGAUUCUAUAUGUUAAACUAGUUUUACAUUAUGACAUGAGAUCCUCCAGGAUUGCCUCUAGCUCGUCUUUUCUAAAUGGCAAGCUCAGCAACUCUGUUCCCAGA